CUUCAUCCAUCCAUUAACCACCCUCACUACCAAUCCCCAUCAUCAAUUCAUAUCCGAAAUGUCUCUCCGGACCCCUCUUCGCGGAGUGCACCUCUCCCGCUCUUUACACAAGCCCUCAACCCGUCGCCCACUCCCACUCCCACUCCGCACCCUAACCACCUCCGCCCGACCCCGACUCACCUCCGCACCCGGACUCACCACCACACCAACACCAACACAAACACCAACAAUCCCACGAACCUACACAUUCACAUUCACCCCCACACUCAAAAACAAAUCCUCAUAUUCAACAUCGUCCAAACCCCCCGCCGACCAAAUCAUCGACGAACUCCAAGAACUAUACGAAGUCGCAAAAGACGAAUUCGAAAUCGCCACAGAAAGCACCGACUCGGCGACGAUCUACGCAGCGUCGGAUCGGGAAUCGGCGCGCGAUGCUCUGAAUGAACUCAUUGCUGUGUAUACGGUGUACACGAGGGAUAUGUCGUUCGUGAGCCAUUCGCCGCAGGGACAGGUGGAUGUGGAUACGGGGUUGGAUCCGGGUGCCGUGGGGGAUGAAGUCCGUGAGGAGGUGAGGAGAAGGGUGGGGACGAGGGUUAGGGAGAUUGUGGGGGCUGUGGAGAGUUUGGAGGAGAGGGCUUCUGCUGAGUGAUUUGUAAUAUCAUUUUCAUGGUUGUGUUUGUGGAUGGAAUGUGUGUAUGAUAGUGGUGGUGAUAUUUAGGGUUGGGAGGAGAGGAUUGAAUGAGGGCUUAAAUGAAGGUGGUAGUAGUGGUGGUGGUGUGUCAUUAGAUGGGGUGUGUGUGGUUAUAUACUAUUUGGUAGGUGGAUGUUGUUCAACUCGUGUCUAAUAUAUACUAUGUAGUAGGUUGUGAUAGUAGUAGGUAUAGGUAUAGGUGUCGUCCACUCAUAAUGAUCUUUUAACCAGUCGUCAAUCGCUCGCUCAUCCAGUUGUCCUGUUCGCCG